AUGACACAGUUGACAUCACCUACACAAUCGCCAUCAAAAAUUUCAUAUUCUAGUGUUGCUACCAGUGAUAGCGGUAAAUGGGGGCAACAUAUUCCCGAGAAAAAAGGACGACUUGUUCCACAAGCAUUACCACGGACACAGUCUAAAACAUCAAAUCAAGAUCAAAGAAAUGAGGCGAAGAGAAUUCAAGUUCCCGGUCUUGCAGAAGUUACCGCCGAAGAAAGGAGUAAUGGUGGUCGAUCACGGCACCGAAAAUACAAUAAUUAUUCACGUAUUUAUAAUCAACCAUCACAAAAUCCUCAUAACGGCAUGAGUGGGAGAGAGAGACGUAAUACGGCUUCUCACCCAAAUCUCCAUCUUGAUGGAA